UUUUAUCACUUUAUCUAUAUGAGUAGCCAAAUAGGCGCCCUUAUCUUCUUUCUUCACUACAUUGGCAAUGGCUUCCACACUCCUUCAGUUCCUUCUUCAUCCAAAUCCUCUUCAUCUAAACCCAUCACAGGCACUCAUCCAUAGCCCACACAGAAAGCACUCCUCCAUCAAAUGCAGCACUUCCAACUCCACCCCUCAGCCCGACCUCCCAUACCCAACUCCAGAUUCCGAUCAUACCCUCAACAAACCAGAGAGUUUUCCCAUCGAAAAGCGAAGAAAAUCUGAGAUAACCCGUGACCGGAAGUCAACAACUGGGCUAGUAAAGCCCGAGCCACGCAACUUUGAGAUUGGUUGGAAGAGAACCAAAGAGAUAAAAUUGGAGAAGCCAAAAGGGUAUGUCAUAGCUGACUUUCUAGAGAAGCUUGAGGGUCUAAUGGGGAAAGAAUUUGGCUCGACGGAGCUUCUGGUAAAAGCCGGGGAAAUAGUGGCGGAGAGAGCGAGAGAGGAGGCCGAAGUGUUGAGAGAUGAAGGACAAGUGGAGGACAGGAUGAUCACUGAGUUGUUUAGGGUGUUGAGACUGAUGGAGAUGGAUUUGGCCAUGGUCAAGGCUGCAGCGAAGGAGGAGACGUUGGGUGUGAGGCUUGAACAGGCCAAGGCAAGGUGCAGGCAAGCUAUACUUGUAGCUCUCUCGUUUUGAGGAUUUGAAUAAUUGGCUAUAUUUUUCCUUUAUAUUAUAUAUAUAUAUAUAUCUCUGUUAAAAUAUUUUUGAUUUA